CUCGCCGGCUCUCCGAGCCGUACGAUCGUCUCUUCCACCUCAAUCUCCUCCCCAUCUUCACUUAAUUGCAUCAACUCGAUUUGAUUAUUUUGCACUUGUUGUUGGGUACUUCUCGGUGAAAUUCUCCACUGAUCCACUGGCCCAGAGUAUCACUCAGUUACAAGUCGCAAAUAAAGAGCAAAACAAAAAUGUUGAAUCUCAUUUUAAGCCUCUCAUUACUGUGUCUCGUUAGCGGUUAUGUUUUACCCAACAUUGUGGUGAUUCUAAGCGAUGAUCAGGAUGUGGAGCUACAUGGAAUGUUUCCACUCCAAGAGACCAUGGAUCUCAUAGGUAGAGCAGGAGCUCAGUUUAAUAACGCGUAUACCAGUACGCCACUUUGUUGUCCGGCGAGAGCGAGUAUAUUGACCGGACAGUACGCACAUAAUCACAGAACGACAAAUAACUCAAUCAGCGGAGGAUGCAAUGGCCAGUUAUGGAAAACGAGAUCUGAACCACGGGCUCUGCCGGUUUUGCUAGCUGAACGCGGUUAUCGAACAUUUUAUGCCGGGAAAUAUUUAAACGAAUUCCGGGGAGAACAUGUUCCACCCGGCUGGACAGAGUUUCAUGGAUUGCAUGGGAAUUCGCGUUACUAUAAUUACACCUUGUUGCAGAAUGGCCGAAAUGUCAGCUAUACGGAUACAUAUCUAACAGAUUUGAUCAGUGAUCUGGCUGUGGAUUUCAUUCAACAGGAGGUCCAGUGGAAGCGAAUGAACCCAUUUUUUGUAAUGUUGGCUCCACCGGCAGCACAUGCUCCAUAUACACCGGCACCGCGACAUGAGGGAACAUUUGCCAAAUGGAAGGCCUUGAGAACACCUAGUUUCAAUGUGCCCACAAAGGAUAAACACUGGCUGGUGGGAUCAUCAAAAGUUUUACCAAAUGAAACAAUCGCCACCAUAGACAAGUAUUUUCAAAAGCGCUGGGAAUCACUUUUAGCAGUCGAUGAAAUGGUAUCCACUUUGGUGGCACUGCUGAACGAGACACAACUGCUGGAUAACACGUACAUUGUUUACACAUCGGAUAAUGGUUACCAUUUGGGUCAAUUCUCUCAGCCCUUUGACAAACGGCAACCAUAUGAAACAGAUAUUCGUGUGCCCUUGCUGGUUCGUGGACCGGGGAUUGCGAAAGGGAGUGAUAUCCAGUCAGUCGUUAGCCUUAUUGAUCUAGCUCCAACCAUACUAACAUGGGCCAAUGCACUUAUACCAUCAUACAUGGAUGGACAAUCAUUUAACGAAAAUCUCCUGAAGCCACUACCCAGUGGGAUCAAUGAAACCUAUAAGCGUCAUCUGUUGAUUGAGUACUGGGGUGAAGGCAACUAUAAAACCUAUAAUCCAGAAUGUCCUGGAUCACCUAAAGAUCGACUAGCUCAGUGUACCACCGAUGCUGAUUGCCAUUGUCAGGAUGCUUGGAAUAAUACCUAUGCCUGUGUAAGAGAUUUUCAAUAUAAAGUCGAUCGCAUCUACUGCGAAUUUCGUGACACAGAGAAUACUCUUGAGGCCUAUGAUCUUAAAGAAGAUCCCUAUCAAAUGAAGAACAUUGCAUAUGAUCUCUUACCCAUUGAACGGGCACUAUAUGGCAUUAUGCUACAGAAUCUAACCAAAUGCUCUGGCCAUUCGUGUAAUCUUUGAAUAAAAUUGACGUCAGUGGGAGAGAAAGAGAACUUGGGAAAUUCCCAAUCAA